AUGAAGCUCCUGUCUGUCUUGACCUUGACGACGGCCGUGACGGCUUUCUACGCCAAGAGGAUGACCAAGAUCGCCGGCGUCGAAGUCAUCGAUACACAGAUUGUCCGCGAUGCUCAGGCUCUGAUUAAGGGGUUCCCAGACUAUCUGUACUCACACCAGAUGAGAUCGUGGCUGUUUGGUGCCGCUAUGAUCAACGCCAAUGCCACUUUAAGGAAGAACAUCGACCUGGAAGUGCAUGCGGUCGCGACCAUGCUUCACGACCUUGGCUGGGACAUGACUCCUGGCUCCCGCUGGGUCAGCUCUGACAAGCGCUUUGAGGUCGACGGCGCUAUCGGGGCGCGCACAUGGCUCAGUGAGCAUCCUAUCGGCAAGUUUUGGGCCCCCGAACGUGUGCGUAAAGUAUUCCAAUCAAUUGCUUUGCACGGCUCCGGCUCCAUCGUUGACUACUUCGAGCUCGAAGAAACCGUAAUCGUCCAAAGUAUCUCCCAAGAUUACAACGGGCCCAUAAAUGGUGUCAGCCAGGUGGUAUACGAUAGGAUUGCGAAGCAGUUUCCGCAAGACGAGCUCCUUUCCGGAACCAAUAAGACAUUUGUCUGGCUUGCGGAAACCAAACCCGCGACGACUUGGGAUACCUGGCUCCAGCCUUGGGGUGAUACUUUCGUUCCUGGGUACUCGGCAGUUGGCCACCGCUCAUUCGACAACAUUGCCGGCACUAAAGGGUCGUAG